AGGCAAUGCAUCAUAUAGUAGUUUUGUCUCCAUGCGUUCUCACCCGGUGUAAUCAAGCUUGCUUCUGCAGUCCCAUUUCCGAUUGGUUUUUUUCUUUGGCCCUACCUAUGGUUGGAGUCGUACAUUCUACUUGUGUGUUUCUAUGCGCUGUUGUAUACUAGUGUUACGUACGGGUUUUGCUGUGUGGAGCUUUGCUGAUCAUCACCGUGCGUUUGACGCGGUAUCUGUGGGUGAUUUUUCUUAAACCCGGCCCCCGUGUAUUGUGCUUUAUUCACGGCUGUGGGCAGAGGCGUUGUAAUGCUGUCGAGCGAGCUAGCAGCCACAUUGGAUAGCGGAUUGGGCGACGGUGGACAUUCGGAUUCCAGCCCGUCCACUGCCUACUCAUCAUCAGCCGCGAUUACCUGCGAUUUCUUUAGCCCGGUUGAACUUGCCAAGACUUCAAGGAACUCUGGCAUCGGGCUUGGAGCCUCAUUAGCCAGUAUGUUGGAGCCAGAUUUCCGCAGUGUUGCCGACUACAGCAUGGGUGCUCUCAACAUGAACGGGUACCACCAGCAGUCAGUUGCAACUAGCUCAAAUAACUUCACCACUCUAACCCCUCUCCAACCACUUCCGCCCAUCUCGACUGUGUCGGAUAAAUUCAGACAUGAAGCCUCGAAUAUGAGUGGGAGUUUCACUUUGAUGAAUGGGUCAAAUCUUCACGGGAUGUCGUCGAAUCCUUAUGAUAAACUUGGCAGUAUGAACAUGGGACAUUCCUCUAUGGUUGCCCACAGUGGCAUGGGACACAAUUCCGUUUUAAACGGCUACGGUCAUCACCAAUCAAUGGGUGGGUAUGGCUCGCCACACCACGGAACUAUGUCAUGUACACCCCAAGAUGCAAGAUAUGCAUCCCCUAUGAACGGCUAUGAACAAUUCACACAUCAUGCCAGCUCUCCACACCAUAUGAGAGCACUACAACCCCCUUCACACCAUCACCAAAGAUCGGGUUUAACAAGCCCCAUGGUGUUGAACGGUUACACCGGCAUGACCGGUCAUACACACCCGAGCCCGAACUCCGUGCGGUCUGGCGAGCGUGGCUCGCUAAACUCCAACCGGGUGGACACAGCAAACAACGGCGAAGAAGUGAACACGAAAGAAGUCGCCGGACGAGUCACGAGUGAGUUGAAAAGAUACAGUAUUCCACAAGCCGUUUUUGCACAGAGAGUGUUAUGCCGGAGUCAAGGAACACUGAGCGACCUCCUUCGGAAUCCUAAACCGUGGAGUAAGCUCAAAUCCGGGCGAGAGACUUUCAGACGGAUGUGGAAAUGGCUUCAAGAACCGGAGUUCCAAAGAAUGUCUGCGUUGAGACUUGCAGGUAAGAACUUAAUCACUAAAUCCCCCAAAUUUCAUCAAAGUUGUUCAGUACCCAUUGAUAAGUAUCCCAUGUGUGGGAAUCCAAACCGUAUUAAAAGUACUAUGCACGUCUUAAACUCUUCUUUGCUUUGA